GUUCAAAAAUCGAUUCAUCUUGAUCUCUACUGCUGAAUUUAAUCAGCAUUGUUUAUUUACAAAUUGCAGGAAUAAAAAACAUUAAAUAUCUUUUUUUUUUUGGUUAUACUUUUAAAUAAACUUAACUUGUUCAUGCACAUAAAAUGGAAUUUUCAUUAUGUAAUGAAAUGAAAAAUAAUAAUUUAGAGAAUAAUAUUAUUCGUGAGAUACCUUCAUUGGCAUAUUAUUUGCCAAAUUUCAUAACAAAAGCUGAUGAAGAAGAAAUAAUAAAAUGCGUUAAUAAAACUCCACAACCAAAGUGGACGCAAUUAAGUAACAGAAGAUUACAAAAUUGGGGUGGAAUUCCUCAUCUAAAAGGAAUGUUAGCUGAGAAAAUACCAAGUUGGCUACAAAAAUACAUUGAAAAAAUAUCAAAAUUAAAUGUAUUUGAAGAAAUGAAAGAACCAAAUCAUAUUCUCAUUAAUGAAUAUUUACCAGGGCAAGGAAUUAUGCCUCAUUCAGAUGGACCACUUUUUCAUCCAAUUGUCAGUACAAUAAGUUGUGGUUCACAUACUGUUUUGGAUUUUUAUGAACGUCUUGAAACUGAAAAAGUUGAAAAAACACCAAAAUAUCAAUUUAGUUUUUUAUUAGAACCUAGAAGUUUGCUUAUUUUAAAAGAAAAUUUAUAUCACAAUUAUUUACAUUCAAUUGAUGAAAAAAAUGAAGAUAUUAUUUCAGAAGAUAGAAUCAAAAAUUUAUAUUUAUGUUCAGAAAAUUAUUUAAAUCAACAAAUUUUACUGCGAUCUACAAGAAUAUCUUUAACAAUAAGACACGUUCCAAAAGUGAGUAAAAUGAAAUUAAAAAUUGGAAAAUAAUUAUUAAUUUUAAAUAUAUUUUUGUACUUUAAAAUUUAAGAAAUUUUUAUUAAAACGAAUAUUUUAUAAUUGAAAUAAAA